ACCUUCCCUCUCUUUCUAUUUUUAACCUUUCCCUCCAUAUUCUCACUUCUUACAAAAAUCAAUCCUCUUCUUCCCUCCAAAAAAAAAUCUUCCUUCAUUUCCCCCUCUGUUUCUCCUUCCAGAUUCAGAAAGCGAAAAUGGGAAGACAAAGCAAAUCACGAAAACCCGAAAACAUCGGUAAAGGAAAAGUCACUCCUGUACAAAUCGCAUUCAUCGUUGAUCGCUACCUCUCCGACAACAGUUUCAAUGAUACUCGCUCUACUUUUCGGUCUGAAGCUUCGCAUCUUCUCGCCAAGUCACCUGUCAAUGAGGCACCAAGGAGUUUAUUGAGUUUAGGUGAUAUGUUGGAUGAGUACAUAAGUUUGAAAGAGCAAAAAGUGUUUAUGGAUCAAGAAAAGUGUAGAUUGGAUCACGAGAAAACACGGGUCCAGAAUUUACUAAAUGGGAUGCAAAAUGUUAUGAAUGCUUACAAUGCUAGCACGAACCUGACACCUCCUUCCUCAAUUGUUGCUACUGCUUCUUCAAUGCCCAAAACGGGUGCUUUGCCAAGUAUUGUUAAUGGAUCUUCCCCUGUAACCUCAGGUUAUUAUUCUGCAUACAAAAGUGCAGCUAUGAUAUCAGCAUCAACGCCUUCAAACACUGCUCUUGAUACCAUGAAAGUUUCUAAUCCAAUUUCCAUUCCAUCAACCUCAAAAAGAAAAGGCUUCAAUGACAUUUCUACUGCUCCUGUAACUGCCAAGAGAUCUCGCAAACACUUGAUCACUAAUCAGUUGUCAAUUAAAGAUCCUAUUACAGAUGCACAACCAACCAGUUCUGCUAAACAUAACAACAUCGUGAAUUGUUCUGCAGUUCAAUUAUCACAUCCUAUGACUGCAUCUGAUAAGACACCAGUUCAAGGAUCUAAUGUUGCCAAGUCUUUGUUCAGUCAGCCCAUUCAGUCCCCUCCAACUAAUUCUUCUGGCCCUAAAACACCGCCAAGAGCAUCUUCAUCCCAAACUGAUAAAUCUAUCUCUCCAAUGGAAGUUUGUUCAACUGCUACUUCAAGCAAAAAUGUUGCACCGUCUCUUGUAACAGCCACGAACUGCACAAUCAUCUCGUCAGAAACCAUUCGAGUCAGUCCUUCCAAACAAAUAAUUUACUCCAUAGAAAGAAAUCACUGCAUUUCAACAUCCUCACCAGUAAAGACCAACCUGAAGAGGUCUAUCAGGCGAGAUCAAGUAAAAAGUAGGCUGGACUUUGAUGCCUCUGAUAACAUGCCAUGUAAUUCAGAAAUGGCAGCUGGCCCGGACAUGAUUUCGACAUCUGAAUCUGAGAAAGAAGGGGAUAUUUUUGACUUGGAUUUACCUAAUUUAGAUGCUUUAGGGGUGGAUUUUAAUCUUUCUGAACUACUAUUUGAUUUUGACAUUGAUGGAGAGGGGGUGGAUCAUUCUUGCCAGCCAAUAUUGCAUUCUUCCCCAGACUCUUUUUCAGGGUCACCUGAUGAAUCAGGAAAUGUCAAUACUGAUGCAAACCAGAUGACUUCUCAGAUUUCGUCAACAGUUACUGAAGUCUUUUCAGAGCAAGACAUGAAUUUACUAGGGCCAGAUUCCCUGACCACUACGAAAUCAGUUACCAAAUGCAUUCAAAUUGUAAGCCCAGUUAAAACGAUCAGAAGCUUGAAGGAUUAGAAGAACAUUGUACAAAAAGAUUGACUGAAUACUUACACAGAUGACUACUGAUGCUGAAAGGCCAUAACCGAUCACAGUUGACUGGAUUUAUGCAAGCCCAACUCAAUUUACCAAAUUACUUUUACAUAUUAACUGUCAGAUCCAUUAGCAAAGGGGUGUGUACGUGCAUUGGAUUAGGAUUUGUUUCCACAGGAUUAGCAGCUGCAGUUCUAGUCAGAAUGUUGAUUAUAUAUAGCUUUUGGCUAAGAAUAUUAGGAAUUUGUAUAAAGUUAUUUGACAUGAACAAGCUUAUAGCAAAUUCGAUUAUGAGAAACAUCUGGUUAUCUGGAGAUAGCAUUCAUGCAAUGCAAGGACUCUCCAGCUUAUCAACUUCUAUAUA